GAACACGGCAUUAACGCUGUAAUGAUUUUAUUUAAUGUUUUUCCAAUUUGAUUAUUACAUCUGGAAACCAUUUUUUGGUACGCGGAAUUCACAUGUUGUAGGACGAUUGGCCAACCCAAAUCUCUCAUCUUCGUUUCCUUUUCUUCCUCUUGGGUUUUGAUUACCCGUGUUAAGCUUUUAAUGGGGAGCUAGCUAGGCGGUGUUUUGUUUUAUGAAGCUGUUUUUUGGAAGCAGUUUUUGUGUUUUAUAAAAACAGAAUAAGAAGAAGAAGAAGAGGAAGAAGAAGAAGCAUAGGAAUUUUUUAAAAAAGUGGGGAGCUCGAGGAAACUUCUGUGUUGAUCGAAUAUUUAAUGGACUUGUUGGCAUUAGUAGACGCGUGGAGAUGAAAUCAGAUUAAAUCGGAAUCACUUGCAUUGUGAGGCUUUCUUCAGAUUCAAUUGCUGGUUUUGUAUCUAAGACAUUUUUGUGAAGAUCGGCCAUGAGAUUUGCAUUAUAAAGAGGAUUUGGGUUUGAGGAUUGGUAGUGUUGAAGUAUGGCAUCGAAGUCCUUCAAACCAACCCAAUCAUCGUUAUCGAAUAGUUCAGAUGCGUCUGAUGUGCAUCACAGUAAGCCCCCCCUGCCUCCCACAGUCACAUUUGGCAGGAGAACCUCAUCGGGUCGUUACAUAAGCUACUCAAGAGAUGAUCUUGAUAGUGAACUUGCAAAUACUGACUAUAUGGUGCACCUACCGCCCACACCCGACAACCAGCCAAUGCAGGGAAAUGGGGAUCCUACAAUGUCAGAGAGGGUUGAAGAGCAAUUUGUGUCAAAUUCACUUUUUACGGGUGGAUCCCACUGCAUACCGCGUGCUCAUCUCAUGAACAGGGUGAUUGAAUCCCACCCGAGUCAUCCGCAAAUGGCUGGUAUGAAAGGAUCUCAUUGUGCAGUUCCAGGGUGCGACGGGAGAGUAAUGAGUGAUGAACGAGGCAAUGACAUUAUCCCUUGUGAAUGUGACUACAAAAUAUGUAGGGAUUGUUAUUUGGAUGCAGUUAAAACAGGUGAUGGUUUGUGUCCGGGAUGUAAAGAGCCCUACAAGGCCACAGAUUUGGAUGAAAAGGCAGUGGACAACACCCGGAAUCUCCCGAUGUUACCACCUGCUGGGAUGUCCAAAAUGGAGAGAAGGUUGUCUUUGAUGAAGUCAACAAAGUCAGGGCUGAUGAGAAGCCAGACUGGGGAUUUUGAUCACACCCGGUGGUUGUUUGAAACAAGGGGGACAUAUGGAUAUGGGAAUGCUAUAUGGCCAAAGGAAGGAAGUCUUGGGAAUGACAAAGAUGAUGGGGUUGUUGAGCCGAUGGAAUUGAUGAACAAACCAUGGAGACCACUCACUCGAAAACUAAAUAUACCAGCUGCUGUUCUCAGCCCAUACCGGCUUCUAAUAUUUAUUAGGAUGGUCGCUCUUGGGCUGCUCUUGGUGUGGAGGGUUAAGCACCCUAACAAUGAUGCAGUCUGGCUAUGGGGGAUGUCUGUAGUUUGCGAAAUCUGGUUUGCCUUUUCUUGGCUGCUUGACCAACUGCCUAAACUCUGUCCUGUUAAUCGUUCUGCCGACCUCAGUGUCUUGAAAGAGAAGUUUGAAACACCUUUUAUGGAAAACAAUGAAAAAUCAGAUCUCCCAGGCAUAGAUGUCUUUGUGUCCACUGCAGAUCCAGAGAAGGAGCCACCACUUGUCACCGCAAACACCAUCUUGUCUAUUUUAGCCUCCGAUUAUCCAGUUGAAAAGCUUGCUUGCUAUGUUUCUGACGAUGGAGGUGCACUUCUAACCUUUGAAGCCAUGGCUGAAGCUGCUAGUUUUUCCAAUUUAUGGGUGCCUUUUUGCCGUAAACAUGGCAUUGAGCCCCGAAAUCCUGAUUCUUAUUUCAAUUUGAAGAGGGAUCCUUACAAGAACAAAAUAAAGACAGAUUUUGUCAAGGAUCGUAGGCGGGUAAAGCGUGAGUAUGAUGAGUUCAAGAUCCGGAUCAAUGGCCUGCCUGAGUCUAUCCGACGCCGGUCUGACGCCUAUCAUGCCCGUGAGGAAAUCAGGGCUAUGAAGCUUCAGAGGCAGAACAAACAUGAUGAUGAACCUAUGGAGGUUGUGAAGAUCCCAAAAGCUACGUGGAUGGCUGAUGGAACUCACUGGCCAGGAACUUGGUUGAAUCCAGCUCCUGAGCACUCUAAGGGUGAUCAUGCUGCAAUAAUACAGGUGAUGUUGAAACCUCCAAGUGAUGACCCACUGCAUGGCACUGUUGAUGAUUCCAAUCUGAUUGACCUUACUAAUGUUGAUAUCCGUCUCCCCUUGCUUGUUUAUGUUUCCCGUGAGAAGCGUCCUGGCUAUGAUCACAACAAGAAGGCAGGGGCCAUGAAUGCCCUGGUUCGAGCCUCUGCCAUUAUGUCUAAUGGCCCCUUCAUUCUCAAUCUUGACUGUGACCACUACAUCUACAACUCGGAGGCCAUGAGAGAAGGCAUGUGUUUCAUGAUGGAUCGAGGUGGGGAUCGCAUUUGCUAUGUCCAGUUCCCUCAGAGGUUUGAGGGAAUAGACCCGUCAGAUCGAUAUGCUAAUCACAACACUGUUUUCUUUGAUGUCAACAUGCGUGCCCUUGAUGGGCUUCAGGGCCCAGUUUAUGUUGGAACUGGGUGCCUCUUUCGAAGGAUGGCCCUUUAUGGUUUUGACCCUCCUCGAUCAAAAGAACGUUCCCCUGGUCUGUUUGAUUGUUGCUUUUCCCGUCGCAAAAAGAAUGGCACUGUUGUUCACACCCAUGAAGAGAAUAGGGCCCUGAGAAUGGGUGACUCUGAUGAUGACGAUUUUAACCUCCCAUUGCAACCCAAGAAGUUUGGGAACUCAAAUUUUUUCAUUGAUUCAAUCCCUGUGGCAGAGUUCCAAGGCCGUCCCCUUGCAGAUCAUCCAUCUGUAAAGAAUGGACGACCGCCCGGUGCUCUCACUAUUCCUCGGGCUCUGCUUGAUGCAUCAACUGUUGCAGAGGCAAUCAAUGCUGUUUCCUGCUGGUAUGAGGAUAAGACUGAGUGGGGACAUCGUGUAGGGUGGAUUUAUGGAUCUGUUACUGAAGACGUGGUCACAGGAUAUAGGAUGCACAACAGGGGAUGGAAAUCAGUUUAUUGCGUCACCAAGCGGGAUGCCUUUCGGGGGACUGCACCAAUCAAUCUCACAGAUAGACUCCAUCAAGUCCUUCGCUGGGCUACUGGCUCAGUUGAGAUAUUCUUCUCUCGCAACAAUGCCCUCCUGGCCACCCGUAAAAUGAAGAUUUUGCAGAGGAUAGCAUACCUCAAUGUUGGAAUCUACCCAUUUACCUCAAUAUUCUUGAUUGUGUAUUGCUUUCUUCCUGCCCUUUCCCUCUUCUCUGGCCAGUUCAUUGUCCAGACCCUCAAUGUCACUUUCCUUGUUUAUCUCUUAAUCAUCACGGUUACUCUCUGUACACUUGCUGUACUGGAGGUCAAGUGGUCAGGUAUUGAGCUAGAGGAGUGGUGGCGGAAUGAGCAAUUUUGGUUGAUUGGAGGCACCAGUGCGCACCUUGCUGCUGUGCUUCAGGGUCUUCUGAAAGUCAUUGCUGGGAUUGAAAUAUCUUUUACUUUGACAUCAAAAUCAGCUGGUGAUGACCUUGAUGAUGAGUUUGCUGAUCUUUACAUCUUCAAAUGGACAUCUCUGAUGAUCCCACCAAUCACAAUUAUGAUGGUUAACUUAAUUGCAAUAGCAGUUGGGUUUAGCCGAACAAUAUACAGCACUAUACCACAGUGGAGUCGUCUGAUUGGUGGUGUUUUCUUUAGUUUCUGGGUUUUGGCACAUCUUUACCCUUUUGCUAAAGGUUUGAUGGGAAGACGAGGGAGGACACCGACCAUUGUUUUUGUCUGGUCAGGACUUAUUGCAAUCACCAUUUCUCUCCUCUGGGUGGCAAUCAGUCCUCCAUCAGGUACCAAUCAAAUUGGAGGCUCAUUCCAGUUUCCCUGAUAGAUAUACAUAUUUUUUUCUCAUUCAAGAAGGUUCUGCUUUGGAAAUUCUUGUUAUUAUUUUUUUUCCUCAACAAUCUGUUGAACAAACUAAAUAUGCUUUUAUAGCUUGUGCACAAAUUCAAUUAGUAGUAGCUGUGUUUUUUAGCAGUUUGGGAAAGAAAGUGGGGGUGAGAGAACAAAGAAUAUUGUAUCCUGUUGACAUUUAUUUCUUUACUUUUUUCAAUAAUUGUUAAAUGGAUUCAAAA